AUGCGCACUCUCUAUGAAAAAAUCAACAAUGGAUUAGAUCCAAAAAUUUGUUAUUUAACCAAAAAUUUAGAACCUGCAACAUAUAGGUGCACACACACUGAGACAAUCAACACUACGCAUAUGAGUUAUACCGAAUACAAAUUCGAUAUAACUUCAUAUGUACCUGAUAACAAUCAACCUGAAGCCUUUGUCUGGACUAGCCAGAGAGAAGGCAUGUAUUGCGUGGGAAAAUGUGUCGACGACCCAGAUAAUUACACUGGGCCACAGAAUUGCACAUGGAUAAAGAAUCAUUGUUUUAAUUUAACCACCUGUGGAUAUAGCAAACCAAAGAAAUGUCCGAAACUAUAUCCUAUUCCUCCUGGUGGACUGAUAAAAGGGAAUGUUAACAAGACAUUAUUUCAUGAUGUAAAUCUAGUGAUGACACAUGUAUCAUACAAUAUUUCUAACAUUUUAUCUGCUUAUGUUAAUCACUGUGAUAAAAAUGACAAGACAUAUGCAUGGCUACAGUCACGAAUCGAUGAUUUAAUUUCUGAUUACAAAAACAGACUUGCCGUGCAAAUCUCACCUGCACGCUCGAAACGAGACCUGCUCGGAAACAUAGCGGGUCUCUUUGGCUCCAUUAAUUCCAUUGCCAACAACUACAAAAUAACCAAACAAUCACAAUACUCAACAUGGUUGGCAAACCAGGUAGCCACUGGUUUUCAGCAUAUCACAAAUAGCAAUGAAAAUAUCAUAAAAGCGGUUCGAUCCGAAGCGCAGGCGCUUCUUGCGAUCAGCCACACAUUAUUCAAUCAGACCCGUACCAUCGAACGUGACUUAGCCUGUAGGACAUAUGCACAAGAUCUAUUCACUGCUGCUAGACAAGAAAUCCUAGAUCUUCGUCUGUACAAGACACCUAGACAUGUUUUAAAUGACCUCAUAGAGAUCUUAGAUCUACAUAGGUGGUAUGAAUCAGAAAAAAUGAAAAAUGUAAGGUAUUCUGAACUACUAUCCACCAUAAUGAUGUUUACAGGAAAUGAAUGUAAUGGAUGCAUUGGGUUUUUCGUCAGUUUUCCUUUGAUACACCCAGAUCAGGUUUUUCCAAAUUCCACUACCAUACGCUCUAUGGGCGUGGUAGUGAAGGAUCAGGUAAUUAAAUGGGAUCACCUCACUGGAUACAUGACACAAAAGGGUAAUGAGACCUUGUUUACCAGUCGCACAUGUUGUCAUGAAACACACAAUUAUGUUAUCUGUACAUGUAACACCUUGCAACCUUUCUCCCCCAAUGACACCAAACUUAUAAAUGUUCAGUCACUGCAUGGUUACUAUGAUGUUAUCCAGGUGUCACAUUCACAGUGGUGCGUGGUCAGUGAGAUGAACUCUUUUACCUACGGAGGACUGGCCUGCUCUGCUAAUCACUCGUUUUGCUUGGAAGUGACAGAGGACUUUUCGAUGGGUCAAGUCAACAUUUUAGGAAGAGUGCCACUGGACACAGAGACCUCACCAUGGUGGGAUGACACUUUCUAUGAACAAAGUACCCAAGCUGUGGUUGACACGAUGGAGCUAACACAAAGACUGAUCCUGCAAACUGAAUACCACCUCAACCAAGCGCAGGUUGAGAUUAACCUGGCACGGAAGACUGCACAACUGUUAUCCAGUUCAUCCACUCGGUCGGCACAGUACACAUACACCUGGUGGGACUGGGUGUUCCGGGGGUGUGCCAUUGGCAGUGCCCUGAUCUUCACCUUCACCAUUUUCCAGUGUUGUUACUUCAGGCAUCUCGUCCAAUCUACACAGGAAUCCACACACGCUGCCCUUGCCCUCAGCCCACUGCAGAUACCUGUGUUCCAAAGACUCUAAAAAAAAAAAAAAAAAAAAAAAAAAAAAAAAAAAAAAAAAAAAAACUUUGCUUUGUCUGACCCCGCAGGUACCCUAUUACAAUUCGCCCGCGGGGCCAAGCGGGGAAAUACUGUAAGAAUUUUGAUUGAUCUUGACCAAAAGGUCAGCCCUUCCUGGGAACACAGCAUGGAUGCCCGAGAGUGCAGUGUGUGUGCCCUGUAGGUGCCCGAGGCAGCAAGGACAUCAAAAGAGAACUUUUGCAACACAACAACUUUCCUCCGGGACUCACGGCAGGGGACCAAGACCCCCAAAACACCCCUCUCGGGAACCAGAACUGUAUAUCGAUUACAGGAGACUCCCUGGAGAGUUACACUUGAUUUUCAAACACCACAUCUCCAUACAAAUGAUGGACCUGCAGACAAAUGUCUGACCCCUCUACCCCUCCUUUCCUUGUUACCUCCUCAACACAGGACAGUUUACAGCACACCAGAUGAUUAUGUGUAAGAAAGGUCAUAUCAAAUGUAAAUAACUGUGGAAAAUAUUCAUGUUUCAUUUCAUUACAAAGGUUUUAUCGCGACUGGUACACAGGUCUCAUUCUCACAUCAAUAAAACAAAUAGUAAAAGGUUUAAUAGAGUAAGAAAACUUAACUCUAUCCAAGGGGCGUACACCCCACUACAAAUGUAUCCAGGACGAGGUGCCUCCCAUAGGUCUGUAAGAACCAAUCACUGCAAACUUCCAUUGAUAAAUAAUGUUUACAUAAUGUUUAUUCUAUCUGGGUAUAUAAGGAGAGCUGAAAAACAUUUCUGGGAAUCUGUAACCAGAUAUCCCGCACAAUUUACUGUGUGUCGUCUUUACCAGGUAUGAAAGGUUUUUAUAUUUCCUGUUUGAUGUAAAUACUAUUGGUUUGUAUUUGUGUUACAUUUUAUUUGAACUGUGAAUUGGCUUUGAAUUGUGAUUUUCUUACCUGGUUAAUAAAUUGUUAAGUUUGAUUUA